GCAACAUGUCCAAGCUUAUGUAAUAAGCCGACUGUUAUCGUCAUGAUGGGUCUUCCUGCUCGCGGCAAAACUUACCUCGCACGAAAAUUAGCACGUUACUUUAAUUGGAUCAAUAUUUCUACCAAAGUCUUUUGCAUUGGUGAGUAUAGACGCCAACAGUAUGGCCCUGGCAAACGUUUCGAUUAUUAUGAUCCUAGAAAUAAGGAAGCAAAACAACAACUAAAAUGUUGUCUAAAAGUUGCUCUCGAUGAUAUAGUUGAAUUUUUAACUAAAGAUGGCGAAGUGGCAGUACUGGAUGGCUGCAAUACAACUAUGGGUCAGCGAAAAAUGAUUCUGGAUUCAUGCCAACACCAGUUCUUUAAAGUUUUUUGGAUUGAAUCAAUUGUUGAUGAUCCUGAAGUUGAGCGUCAUUAUAUCAAGGAAGUGAAGUCGGAUUCUCCUGAUUAUGUUGGAAUGGAUAGCGAACAAUUUUUAGACGACUUUUAUAAAAGAAUAGAAAAUUAUAAGAAAACCUAUGCUACCUUAAAUGGCGAAAAUGAUAAAUGCUUAUCCUAUAUAAAAGUGUUCAACUUGAGCAAAAAAUUUCUGGUUCAUAAGAUAUCUGGUCAUAUUCAAAGUCGUUCUGUAUAUUUUCUAAUGAAUACUCACAUGGGCCAUAGGGAAAUAUAUUUAACCCGGCAUGGCGAGAGCAUGUACAAUUUAGAAGGAAAAAUUGGUGGUGAUGCGGAUCUAUCUGAACGUGGCCUUUUAUAUGCUGAAAAGUUGGGAGAAUUUAUGAAGAAUCAAAAUGUAUCGGGUCUUCAGAUUUGGACUAGUCAACUAAAGCGAACUUACCAAACAGCUACAUAUAUAGAAGAAGCUACAGUAGAAAAAUGGAAAGCAUUAAAUGAAAUUGAUGCUGGAGUUUGUGAUGGAUUGACAUAUAAAGAAAUUGAGGAACGGUACCCACGUGAUUUUGCAUUGCGUGAUGAAGAUAAAUAUCACUAUAGGUACCCUCGUGGUGAGUCUUACGAGGAUUUGGUCAACCGUCUAGAACCAGUUAUCAUGGAAUUAGAAAGGGCAAACAAUGUUCUUGUUGUUUGUCAUCAAGGUGUUAUGAGAUGUUUACUUUCAUACUAUCUGGAGAAGUCACCCCGUGAGCUACCUUAUUUGAAGAUACCAUUACACCAUGUAAUGAAACUUACGCCCGUUGCUUACGGAUGUAAGCAGGAAUGUUUUUCGUUAAACAUACAAGCUGUAGAUACGCAUAGAGAAAGACCUGCUGUUAGUAGAAUAGUCUAA